AUGAAAGCGCAGGUGGAUGUGGUCUGCUGUAAAUCAGUAGGAACUGAUCUGUCCAUGCUGGAUAUUGAGGAUUUCAUCACAGAAAUCUGUCAGCUGAAGAAAGAGGUGGCUUCACUGGAGGCAAAGCUGAGAGAAAGAGGAGACAAACUGAACAGAGAGGAUGUGGAGCAGGUUUGGGUGCGUGAGACUGAUGGGACAGAAGCUCAGGAUUCAGUCUGGAGCGUCAGAGAUCAGAGAUCCAGAGACACACAGGACUCAGAGCUCAGCCUCACUUUACUCUGUUAUACUGACGCUCAGGAUCAUGAAUCCACUGAUCAAACCUCUGACUGUAACGCUGGAGAACAGCAGAUGCUGCAGACGCCGCUGAAGAUGUGCUCCGUCAAACUGGUGGACUGCAGGAACCUGAUCGAGAGCAGAGGAGAAGAAACCACCGCAGAGAAACAACAACAACACACUGAUGAGGAAGAGGAGGAGGAGGAGGAGGAGGAGGAGAAUAAUGGGGAGGAUGAUGAAGAUUGUGCUGAGAUUAAUGGUGAUGAUGAUGAUGAUGAUGAUGAAGAUUUCAUUCCUCCAGAUGAAAACACCAGCUCAUUUUCAGAUCAAGAAACGGCCUCAACAUCCAAAAAGCAACUGAAGUCCAAAAGUUUCUCCUGCAACAUCUGUGGGAAAACAUUCACCAAUAAGGGAAAUUUAGUGAAGCAUGAGAGAAGACACACAGAACCGAAAGACUACAAGUGUAAGAGAUGCAAUAUCAGCUUUCCUACCUUAAAAGAUAGAAGACAUCAUUCAAAGGACCACUGCGUGAAGAAGGAGUUUCGCUGUGAACUGUGCGGGAAGGUUUCCUUCUCUUCUGGUAAUCUGAAAGUUCACAUGAAGAAACACACUGGCGAAAAGCCUUUUCACUGCAGCGAAUGCAACAAGAAUCUUAGCACCAAACAAUCUCUUAUCAAUCAUAAGCGAAUCCACACGGGGGAGAAACCAUACAAGUGUCCUCACUGUGAGAAAAGAUUCCGAGAUUGCUCCCACUUCAAGUCUCACAUGCGUUCGCACGCCAGCGAGAGACCGUACCAGUGCAGCGAAUGUGGGAAAACCUUUAAGCAUCCCAUUUGUCUAAUAUCACACCAAAAAGUACACUCUGAGAAACUGCACCAAUGCAAACACUGCGACAAACGAUUCCGUCAAAUUGCUCAGCUGAAAUGCCACGAGAGGAUGCACUCUGGAGAGAGACCAUACCUGUGCGCCCACUGCGGGAAGAGCUUCUCCGAUCCAACUCAUUUCAAAGUCCAUCAGAGAAUCCACACGGGAGAAAAACCGUACCAAUGUAGUGUUUGCGGGAAGAGAUUCCGUCAAAACACUAACCUACUGAAGCACAAGAGGAUUCAUACUGGAGAAAGACCGUUCAAGUGUUCCCAAUGCGACAAGACGUUUGCUCGAUCUGACAUCCUCAAGGUCCAUCAGCGAGUUCAUACAGGAGAGAAACCUUACUCCUGCUCCAUCUGCAGCGAGAGAUUCGCUUAUUUAGGUAGUUUCCAGACCCACCAGAACAAACACACUAAAGAACAAAUGGCUCCAGAAUCAUCAGAGUGACUUUCAUCAGUCAAUCUGGAAAUAGGACUUGUUCAGCUCAUCCUGAAAUUGUAUAUUGAGUUUUUAAAGGGAUAGUUCCCCCCAAAAAUGUAAAUUCUGUUAUUAAUCACUCACCUCGUGUCGUUCCAAUCUCGUAAGACCUUUGUAUAUCUUUUAACACAGAUUAAGAUAUUUCUGAUGCAUGCAGAGAGCUCUCUGAUCUUUCAUAGAUUGCAAGAAUCCUUACAUGAUCAAGUGGCAUGAAGAGCUUUAAAAUAUUAAGUAUCACAUACAUAACGUAUCGGUUAUGCGAUACUCUCCAAAAGGUCUCUGUAGGGUGUCGCAGAGGAGACAAAUUGUCAAAUAAAGUCGUUAUUUCUGUUUUCUUUGUGCACAAACAAUAUUGUUGUAGCUUUAUAAAGUUACGGUUUAAACAUUGAUGUCACAUGGAUUAUUUUAAGGUUCUCCUUGCUAUGUUUCUAAACCUUGAUCGUGUAAGGACACUUUCUGUCUAUGGAGGAUCAGAGAGCUCUCGGCAUGCAUCAGAAAUAUCUUAAUCUGUGUUUCGAAGAUAAACGAAGGACCUAUGGGAUUGGAACGACACGAAGGUAAGUAAUUCAUGACAGAGUUUACAUGUUUUGGGGGAACUAUCCCUUAAAUGCCAGUAGGAGGCAUUGAGCUUUCAUGUGAUUUGGGAUUAGAGAUGGACUGAAUGUCGAAGGCUGUGACUGUAGUCAUGUUUGAUCGUUGACUAUUCAAAAGUAGUUGUAUAUUUUCAUUUUUUUAAUCAACUUUUAAAAUCUUUAAAAUAAUUUUAUGAUAUUAUCUUUUAUAUGCACUGAGAAAGAAAUAAUGGUCAUUGGUAAAUGUAAUAAAUUGCAUGUAAUAAUGUGUUAACAUCCUGAACAUGUACUGUAUUGUUUUGGAUAUGGCACACUCAAGCCCUGGAAACAAGGUAAUAAUGUCUUAUUAUUGUACGACCAGAAUCAAGCAAAUAUGGGUCUUUAAAAUGUGUAUGUUAAUUAGAAUCACAUAAUUAAGCUUUAUACACACACUAAAUGUGUAUGUAUGGGGAAUGUUGCAUUCAUAGUUAAACAGGGAUGUUGCAUUUAAUGUUUUGCAUUGCUAAUUCCAUUUACAAUUGAUUAGAUGGAACAAAAUAAAAUGGAUAUAUGAUUUUA